CAGCCUCUGCCGCUGCCGCUACGCCUUGGGGAAGAGAGUGCAUCUAUCCUGUCUGGGCUUCCACUCCUGGGGAAGGAGCGGGGCCACUAAUUUCCUGGUUCAUUUGGGGGAGGAGAAGAGGGAAUUCCCAUCCUACUCCUCUCCAACCGAGGGGACCCUCGGAGAGAAAUCACCCAGGUGGAGUGCACCCCCCCCCCCAUCACGGACAUACAGGUUGCAUUCGCCUGCAUGAUAAAUACUGUACUACUUUGUGGGUAAAGCUCCGUUCUUCGGGAUAUCACUGAGAGUGCUUUGCAAACAAACAGGUCCGAGACAUCCAUGUGGAGAUAUCCAGCAGACAGCUGGUGAAGUGGGCUGGAACUCAAGAGAGAUUGGUGCUGGAUAUAUUGAGCUGUCCCUGCCACCUUAGAACUGUCUCCACCUGGCAUCUGAUACCCUUAUUUCCUCCCAAGUUUAAUCUCCACUGGAGAAGGUUAGCACUGUACAAGUCUUCAAAUCAUGGAAUCCAUAUCAAUGAUGGGAAGUCCUAAGAGUCUUAAUGAAACAUUUUUACCUAAUGGGAUAAAUGGUAUCAAAGACGCAAGUAAGGUUACCAUAGGCAUAAUUGGAAGUGGAGAUUUUGCCAAAUCUCUGACUAUUAGACUUAUCAGAUGUGGGUAUCACGUAGUUAUAGGAAGCAGAAACCCCAAAUUUGCUUCAGAAUUCUUUCCGCAUGUAGUUGAUGUCACCCAUCAUGAAGAUGCCCUCACAAAAACAAAUAUAAUUUUUGUCGCAAUACAUAGAGAACAUUAUACCUCUUUGUGGGAUCUCCGACAUCUUCUUGUUGGCAAAAUCCUGAUUGAUGUUAGCAAUAACAUGAGAGUAAACCAGUACCCAGAGUCCAAUGCAGAAUAUUUGGCUUCAUUGUUCCCGGAUUCCUUCAUUGUGAAAGGAUUCAAUGUGGUCUCAGCGUGGGCACUCCAGUUAGGACCCAAGGAUGCCAGCAGGCAGGUCUAUGUGUGUAGCAACAAUAUUCAAGCUCGACAUCAAGUUAUUGAACUUGCUCGUCAACUGAACUUCAUUCCUAUUGACUUGGGAUCAUUAUCAUCAGCCAGGGAGAUUGAGAACUUACCUUUGCGACUUUUCACCCUGUGGAGAGGGCCAGUAGUAGUAGCAAUAAGCCUGGCUACUUUUUUCUUCCUUUAUUCCUUUGUCAGAGAUGUGAUACAUCCAUAUGCAAGAAACCAACAGAGUGACUUUUACAAGAUUCCUAUUGAAAUUGUGAACAAGACAUUACCCAUUGUUGCCAUCACUUUGCUGUCUCUGGUUUACCUGGCAGGACUCUUGGCUGCUGCUUAUCAGCUAUAUUAUGGCACCAAAUAUAGACGAUUUCCUCCAUGGCUAGAGACUUGGUUACAGUGUAGAAAACAGCUUGGAUUACUAAGCUUUUUCUUUGCUACAGUCCAUGUUGCUUACAGCCUUUGCUUACCAAUGAGAAGAUCAGAGCGCUACUUGUUUCUCAAUAUGGCUUAUCAGCAGGUUCAUGCAAAUAUUGAAAACUCCUGGAAUGAAGAAGAAGUGUGGAGAAUUGAAAUGUAUAUCUCUUUUGGAAUAAUGAGCCUUGGCUUACUUUCCUUAUUAGCAGUAACUUCUAUCCCUUCAGUGAGCAAUGCCUUAAACUGGAGAGAGUUCAGCUUUAUCCAGUCUACACUCGGAUACGUGGCCCUGCUCAUAAGUACUUUCCAUGUUCUAAUUUACGGGUGGAAAAGAGCUUUUGAAGAAGAAUACUACCGGUUUUAUACGCCACCAAACUUUGUUCUUGCUCUUGUUUUGCCCUCUGUUGUCAUUCUGGGAAAAAUCAUUUUACUCUUUCCAUGUAUAAGCAGGAAACUGAAAAGAAUUAAAAAAGGCUGGGAAAAGAGUCAAUUUAUUGAAGUAGCCAGUGGAAUCAUUCCACACCUUUCACCAGAAAGGGUUACAGUAAUGUGAUGUUAAAUGGUACAAAAUAGUGUCAUCAGGAAUUAUACUUGAGUUACUAUUUCUAUUAUAACCUUUAUUUUCAGAAGUUUAUCUAACUGGGCUAUAAAACUUGUUAAGGUUGAAAUCUAAUCAAGAAGGUCAAAGCCCAGUUAGUAUUCAUUUUUUUUAUUAAUUUUCAUAAAGUCAUGUUAGGCAAUUUGGAAUUUUUUAGAGAGCCAACCAUAUUUGCUGGAAUUUUAAGUGCUCUUUUUGCACAGCUGUAAUCACUAUUGCUGUUAUUUUGUCAAAGCUCUAUUUUGUAAUCGAUCCAAGUAUGUGCUAUUUACAUUUAGUAAUGCCAACAUAUUUAUCAGUGUUUUAAAAAAAUCUUUUUUCAAGCAACUAGCAUAUUAGAUUUUUAACAUAACUCAUCAUAUAUGGACAUUACAUUUGCAACACUGAACAAAAAUUGUUAAUUAUAAAACUUCUGUGAUAAGAAUUUUAAAUUACGUAGAGUAAAAAACUUAAUUGGUUAAAAAAAAAAGAAACAUUGCAUGGGAAACUGGACACAGUUGAGUAGUCACUACCCUCCAAUGCUCACCAACACCACACUAGAACAUUUAGGAAACAUACAUAUAUGGAUAUAAUAAUUCCUUCUAAAAGAAAAAUUAAGCAAGUAGUUACAUUAAAACAUAUUAAGGAUGUGAAUUGAUAAUGGAUUUAAGUACUAUAGUCAUGUAAUAAACUAAAAAUGUUCACUUCAUAAUUAUAUUCAGUUCAAAAUAUAGCAAUUACUUUGGUAUAUUAAUAGACUAGACAGACAUUUCAGCAAUAUGCUACCUCCACAAUUGAACAUCUCUAACAAAGCCAGGAUGAGGCUGUAGGCCAGGUUUGAACAUCAUGUCCCCUUUGUUCACUCUAACAUAUGGGAUUUGACCUAUCAUAAAAUAAAUGAUAAUAUUCCACAUAAAGUUAUCUUGUCAUAAAGCCAUUAACUCUAUCCCACCAUCAACAUCAACACAAACCCCCUUUUUCUUCUCACCUUAGCUCCAAGAGAUACAGUAGUUACAGGCCUAAAUUCUAGAGGCCAACACUACAAUAGCUUUGGCAGUAGCCCAUCUGUUUUUUCCAUUUUUGAGUGAGGAAGAAGCAGCAGGAUACUAUAGAACUCUGCUUGGUAGCCUGCCAUCAUGGGAGUUUUUUAAUAUUAAUUCGUGGAGAAAAUCUGCCUGACAAGGAAUGACAUUAGACCAGGAAGCUUGAACAACUCAUGGUAACUCCCCCCGAUUUAAUCAAGGUCAUACGCCUGUGGACCAAGAACGAGGCCUGCCCCAUUAAUAGUCUCUUCCAAAAGGCUCUAUGUUAAGAAGAUAGCCCAAGAUGUAUUUUGUCCUUUUUUUUCAAGCCUUUGAAAAUCGUUACAAAGCUGGGCCAUCUAUUUCCUUCCCAGGCAUUGAUCCAGGAAGUUUACCUGCAUGUAAAAGAUGUAUAGAAACAAUUAUUUAUGUUUCUGUAAAUUGUUUCCAAAAUUUUUUUCAGUUUUGACUUUCUAUUACACUCACUUAUUUCAAAACUUGAUUAAUGUCUUAUUUGUACACUUCCCUCAUUCCUAUUGAAAAGGAAGGUUAAGGUUACUGCUAGUAGAUCCUUUGUAGAUUUUCAAAGUCAUUGAGGAAUCUUUGCUCAGUAUAGGCUUCAUACAAAAAGAGGUUCCCCCCCACCUUUGGGAUAACUCUUCCUCAUGCCACUUUCCCAACUACUGCUUCUAUACAUAUUGGGUAAAUUAUUAAUAUAUUACCUUUUCUUCCUUCUUCAGCUUUUGUCCCUGUUAUAAUGUGAGCUCCUACAGAGCAAGGGCUGGAUUGUUUAGUGUAGUGCUUUGCAAGUGAUAAAAUGGCUUAUUUUCAAUGCCUUUUCAUUCAUUUAUCAUAUCCAUCUAUCACAUCCAUUCAUCACAUCCAUCUGUCUUUCCUUGGUGAGUUUCAAUGUUUUCUAAUAGAUCUUCAUUUUAUUUUUAAGUUAUUUCAUUCUCCCCUCUUGGUAGUUAUUUAUUACUUGGUAGUUGUGGGGAAAAUUCUGAAGGCAAAACCUUAAGAAUUACUUUAGAAUAACAAAAAUUUCAAAUAAUUAUACUUGUUCAUUCCAUGCACUAGACCCCUUUGGUCUUCAUCAUUAGAAUCCUAAUAUGAGGAAGUUUCCCUCCCUCAGAACCCAAAUCCUGUGGUUAUUAAUGGAAUGUUAAAAUACCAAGUGGCUAAUAGUACAGAUAGACUCAUCACUAAGAUAUACUAAUGAAGUCUUUGAAGGUUUUUUAAGCUAUUCAGGGGGAAAAAUACAAAAGAAUGAAUGUUUAAAUAGUGUUUCAGAUGCUAAUAAAUCUGAGUUUGCACAAUACAUCUGUUAAUAUACUGUUGAGUAUCACAAAGCAAAAACAGUUUGAUAUUACAAUGUAAGUGUAUUAUUCACAAUACAAUAUUAUGAAUUCUAUCUAAAAGGAAUUUUAUAGAGUGCUUUAAUAUUUCUUACUAACUAGAUUGAUUUCAUGAUUUUCUACUGUUCUCAAAAAUUAUACUAAAUUCUGUCAUUACCAUCUUGCCACAUGUAAAAGAAAUACAGCUAUUUGUUAUGGCAAAAUUAGGAUGUUGGAUUGAAUAUGGGUGAUACCUUUUUUUUUUCUGAUCUGGCUGACAUAAAACUUGAGCAAAGUCCCUAAGCAUCAAAAUGCUCUAUUAACAAAAGAAUGGCAAUACAAGUGAUGAAGAUUAAAGUACUGAUAAUAAAAAUAAGAUAUCUUUAUUUCAAUUUUUGAAAGUUUAAAAUUUUUAGACUUAUAAUAAUAAUUUUGCCUAAGUAUUUUUCAGUGAAUAUCAAUACUUGUUUUCUGUUCAAAAAGCUAUCAUUUCAGGUAUGCAUGUAGUCCAUAUUUUGGGGUAACCUGUGUUUGGACUAAGAGGAUAUAUGGUAAUGGAAAGUGAGCAUUGGAGACUUUGUCCAUGGAUCUGUACUUUGUAGUUAUGUCCCUAAACCUGAACCAAAAUGGAACACUGAGAAAUCCAUCAAUUCUUAUUCCUAUGCAAUAAGUAAUUUUAUUCUAAAAGGAAAAUAACCAUGAUAUAUCAUGCUGCUUAACUUCUGUAUAUGAAGAUUUCUUAAUUCUUUCAAUAUUUAGAACCAUGCUGAAUAGGAAUAUAUUAAUAUGCUAUCAUAUAUUUUUCAAAGUAUGUGUGGAAAUUAAGUCCUUUGGUUAAAUGUAAAAUUUUUAUUUAAAAUAGGAAUAGAUUAUAUUUGUAGGUAUUGAUCAGAUAUAAUUAUUUUGUGCUACAUAUGGGAUUUUGUAAUGAGUUCCAUUAUUAAAAUAAAUGAUUAACUUCUUACAAAUUAACAUAUCAACUUAAAUUUUUUAUGUUAAAGAUUAUAUUUAAUAAUAUUCACUUAAUGCCUAACGUAAGAUAUUACUUUCACUAUAAUCAAGUUAUUGAAAUUCUUUGUACACAAGGGCUGCAGGAAUGUGGGCCAUAUAUUGUUUUAUGCAUCAUAAUCAUACUUUUUAUCGGCUAUAUUUUAUGUAAUACAAAGACUGCCUUCCCCUUUAUAUUGCAUUUUUUCCAUGAAAAUAAUGAAUUGCCUGUAUAAUGUAAUACUGCAAACAUCCUAUCAGACAAUACAUAUUUCUAUGCAUAUGUCCAUUUAAAAAGAGGCUGUGUAGCCUAGUAGAAAGACAGGGCUGAACUCAGGAGUGUGGAAGACUUGGGUUCAAGCCUGACCUUUCACACAUACUGGCUGUGGAACCCUGAGAAGUCACAUCACCUCUCGAGGCCUCAGAAACCUAGCUCUUUAAGGCUGUGAGCUCUAGAACAGUAGUAGAUGGGCAUUGGGAGAGAGUGUGCCUCAUCCUGAUGAAAUCACACUCUGGAUUCCCCCCACACACACAACGUCUCUCCUCUCCCAACCAAAUAGAAAAAUAUGUUUUUGUUUUUUGUUAAGGCACUGAAAGUAUUGUUUUUCUUCUGGCAUUUUAACUAAAGUGCCAUAAAUGUAAUCCAUACAAGUUUAAGAAUAAACAUUGAGUUCGUUACAUCUGUA